AGAUCCCCUCUCCAUUUCUGAGACAAGGGCCCUGAGGUCAGCUCUGCAAUUGCCUUGUUGCCAGCUCUUCUCUCUGGGGUCCCUCCCCCCCUUGCUGAUCUGAGUACUAGGGCGGGGCUGCCCAGCUGACUUUGGGCCCCGCCCCCAGCUCCCAUCCAAUCACAGUCCCUUCUUUCGGGGGCUGGGCCGAAGGGCUCUGCUUCCAAGCUGCUAGCUCCAGCACUAGGCUCCCAGCCGGGGAUGAUGCGGGGAUGAUGCACGGCUACUGCUCCUGUCACCACCGCCAGCGACUGCCCCGAGCUUCCGGUGUGCUGGGGCUGUUGCGGCUGUUGCUACCGCUCGUCCUUGUAUCUCCCCUGGCAGCAGCUGCAACGGGCCCAGGGGGCUGUGACACCAUAUACCAGGGGUUUGCUGAGUGUCUCAUCCGCUUGGGGGACGGCAUGGGCCUUGGAGGCGAGCUGGACACUGUCUGCAGGUCUUGGAAUGACUUCCACGUCUGUGCCUCCCAAGUCCUGUUGCGCUGCCCAGAGGAGGCUGCUGCUGUGUGGGAGUCACUACAGCAAGAAGCUCGCCAGGCCCCGCACCCAGAUAACUUGCAUGUUCUCUGCGGCACCCCUGUGCGUAUCAGGGAGCAUGGCAUAGGCCCUGAGACCAACCAGGAGACGCUGCAGGCAAGAGCAUCUGCACCCACCCCAGCCCCGACGCCCCCACUGCUGGCGGCUGCUCUGGCGCUCGCCUGCCUUCUAGGGCCUCUGGCCUAGCCAGUCUGGUGGAGUAGCAGCACCCCUGCCUCCUACCCUGCUCUGGUAGCUGCUCUCAGGGCUCUACACAGUGCCCUUGGCUUUCAUUAAAGGUAUUUAUAUUUGUACUAAGCUCCUUUCUUUCUUCUGGC